AUGAGCGAAGCCGAGAGAAUCUAUCAAGCCACUACCCGCCGCGAUGCCGGAGCCUACGUGCCUGAUCCUGAGGAUGAUGCGCCCAAGAAAGAGAAGAAGGAAGGCGAAGAGGCCGAUGGUGAAGCUGCUGAAGGCGAAGCUGAGGGUGCUGAAAAGAAGGAGAAGAAGGACAAGAAGCCCCCACCACCAAAGCACGGUAACAAGACCCCAUGGCAGGUCUUCACCGAGACUCUGCAGACCGAGUUCAAGGAGAGCAAGGAGUGGAACGAAGGUACCAAGCAAUUGUCUGGUAGCAUCCACGACUUCACCGAGAACCCCAACGUGCAGAAGGCUCGCGCCGCUUACGAGAAGGGUACUGGUGCUAUCUCGUCCGCUGCUGGAAGCACCAUCAAGACUACCGCUGGGGCUAUUGGCAAGAGUGCUGCCUGGACAUGGGACACUAGUGUCGUCAAGGGUCUCAGAAAGGGUGCAGGUGUGGUCGGCUCGGGUCUCGAGAAGGCAACUCGCCCCGUGAGAGAGACUGAGGCUUACAAGAACGUCAAGGAGGUCAUUGACGACGGCAGUUCCAUGCGCUAUGGUGGUUGGGUGGAGAAGGAGGAGCGCAGAAAGCGCAGAGAAGCAAGAGAAGCAAAAGAUAUUGCCGAGGGUCGCAGACCUGCUGAGCCUAUGGUGGAAGAUCCCAAUGCCGGAGUCAACGUCACUGUCCACAAGGACGCAGCCUGGAAGGAGUCAUGGCGCGAGUUCCGCGACAGCAGCAAGACUAUGCAGCGCCUCUUUGCAUUCAAGAACACCUAUGCCGAGUCGGAGAACCCCUUGAUCUCGACCGCCCGCAGCAUCAGCGACCGCGUUGCUGGCUUCUUCGCUGAGAACGAGACAGCCAGAGUCAUCAAGAAGUUCCGCGAGAUCGAUCCUAGCUUCCAGAUGGAGCCUUGGUUGCAAGAGAUGCGCGAGUACAUUCUUCCUGAAGUUCUCGAUGCCUACGUCAAGGGUGACACCGAGGUCCUGAAGCAGUGGUUGAGUGCCGCGCAGUACCAGGUUUACGCUGCUCUGAUGCAGCAAUACACACAACACGGUCUCGUUUCGGAUGGUCGCAUUCUGGAUAUUCGCAACGUCGAGGUCCUGAACGCACGCCUGCUCGAGCCUGGUGACAUUCCUGUCUUCGUCAUUAUGUGCCGUACACAGGAGGUUCAUGUGUACAAGAACAAGAAGACGGGUGUGCUCGCUUCUGGCAUGGAAGACAAGGUUCAGCAAGUCACAUACGCCAUCGGAGUGACCAGACUUCCUGAGGAUGUGCACAACCCCGAAACUCGCGGAUGGAGACUGAUCGAACUUCAAAAGAGCGCAAGAGAGUACAUCUAA